AUGACUCACAACUAUGAAGACGACUCUUUUCUUCUCGCUUCUCCUGAUAAAAGACGUUGUCGGAGAGGUGUCAUUACUCACUUCUUACCAUGUUUUUCUCUUCUAUUUUUUUUUGUGUCUGUAGGAAAACUGGAAAUUUUUUCAGCGCCGCCAACAGCCAACUGCCAACCGAAAAUGCGUUGGACACCAAUUUUGGCGCUAUUAUGCACGACGACGAUAAUUGUGAUUCUCGCCGAGAAAUCACAAACGAAGCGAGGACAUUCGGUGGUCGGCGGAACGGCCACGACGGUCAAGGGACCGGCGACGAAGCGGCCGGCGGUGGCCGACAAAAAUAUCCAUCGGUUGAACAAUAAGCGGUGGAGGGAGCCGCCGAGGGACUGCUCCGACGCUCCGAAACACUUGAAGAGCACUUGCUUGAUGGUGAGUUUGAGAGCCAAAUUAGAUAGUUGAGCAUAGAUCUAUUUAACAAAACUCUGUAUAGCAUUUUUGCCAAAGUUUGCUAUUCCAAUGCGUUCGAGCGAGUUUCCAAAGCACAAACGUUUUGCAGAUCCGUCGUAUGGACCUUGCGACCCGCCGCCGUCUAGCCCGCCAAUCCGUCCGUCAAACACGUCCGAACCAAGUGCCCAACUGGCUCCAACCGAUCCCGGUGCCAGCGAACGCCCGUGGUCAAGCCGCCUACCACCCGUACGACUGCAUGACUCUUCUCUGUAUUUGUCCCUUCUUCAAUGUGAGUCGCAAUACUAAUAGUCGGUCAAAAGUUCGAAUCGUUUCUUCGGGAUUAUCUCUUUCGUCCCAACAACCUCAAGGCCAGCACCUCCUCCCCUCCCCCAAAUCCUAUUACUAUUACAGGGUCGCAACGUGAAUGGACAAUGCGUGCUGGCGAAUGGCGUCGUGUUGCAAAUGUCGUGGCGCAAAGAGUACCGAAUGAUGAGCGAGGACGAGCGAAGAAGAUGGCACAACGCGCUGAACACGCUGAAGCGCAACGGAGAGUACGAUCGUCUGUCCCGUCAGCAUCUUGAAGUGGGCGUCGGCUCCGGAGCCCACUCGGGGCCAGGCUUCCUGCCGUGGCACAGAGAGUACCUCAAAAGAGUGGAAAUCGCAUUGCGCAUGGUCGACCCGCUUGUCUCGAUUCCGUACUGGGAUUCCGUCAUGGACUCGUACCUUCCCGACCCGCGAGACUCGAUCAUGUUCUCGGAUUUGUUUGUGGGCGGCACCGACUAUUAUGGCAACGUCAUCACCGGUCCGUUCGCGUAUUGGAGAACUCUGGAGGGAAGAUCCACCAUUCUCAGGUACCGUCAUCCAUAAUUCUAGCAUAUAAGCACCACAAGUUUAGAAAUCUGGGAGCCGAAGGUCAGCUGUUCAACGAGAAUCAGGUGAACACGAUUGUGGCGCAGAACACCAUCGAGAACACGUUGGCGUACACGGCACCACAGCCAGGUACGAACGAGAAAACAUCGUGUCGAAACUUAUCAUUUCCUCUCCUCCCACUCCCACUGCUACUGCCCUUCUUUCCUUCCUUCCUUCCCGCAAUCAGAGAUGCAUGUGUGUCUCAAUUCAAUUCUUUUGUGUAUGCCUCCUCAAACUGGUUUCAACACCUUUCAUUGAAAAAUAGGCGGCGGACGUUUAUUAGUCUGACCCUCGGAGGGGGGGCAUAACUAUGAGUCUUUGACACCAGGGGUGUGAGGAACGAGCUUUAAAAAAAAUUGCGAAACUUUCAGGAUGUCCAUACCCGAACAACUACGGCGCGAUCGAGUACUCGCACUCGAACAUCCAUCUCUGGAUGGGCGGCGACAUGAAGCCGCCAAGCACGUCUGCCAACGAGCCGGUCUUCUUCAUGCACCACUCGUUCGUCGACUACCUCUGGGAGCUGUGGCGCCAGUUGCAGCAGCCGAGAUGGCUCCGCGAGCAGGCCUACUCGGCCGAUCACCCGACGUGCGCCAACUGGCAACACUUUAGCUACGCGCCGAUGCGGCCCUUCCCGUACUUGCAGAACCGCGACGGACUCUCCAACUCGUACACCGAUCAAAUGUACCGUUACGCCCCGCGUGCCACGUGCUCGCAUCAGAACCCCACGUGCGGAUCGCCCUACUUGUUCUGCGAUACCAGAGGGUGAGAGGGAGAAGGUUCAAAGAACAAAAAAGGAAUAAAAAAGUUUCAGGUACCCGCACUGUGUCUCGAAGAUUCGAAUGAACGGAAACUGCCGCGGAUUCGAGAACUACGACGCGUGCUACGCUGGAAGAUGCUGGUGGGGACGGUGUGUGAAUGCGGUAAGUUCGGAGCGCAAAUUAUCGACUUUAUGUUUGCCAACAAAAUUCGAUCGUUCAGAACUUCGCGGCCCGCAUGAAGGGAGCCCGAACGCACGCAAACUCCACUCUUCCGCUCGACCUCGACCGCGCGAUGACCGUAAACGGAACAAAAGUGGAACGCGUGCCGCUGAUCAAACGCAUCACCGUCAAAAUGACGGCGCCGCUCUUCGUCGACUGCUACAACCGGAUGCCGUGCUGCGACGCGUGGGCCAAGACGGGCGGCUGCCAACGCGAGCCCGAGUUUAUGAGCCAGUACUGCCAGGCGAGUUGCCACACGUGCACGCCGGGCUACAACACGAGCGACGCGUGCGCCGACCGUCAUGUGAACUGCAAGGCGUGGAAGGCCGACAAGAUGUGUCACGGCAAAUCGGCCGAUUUUAUGUCCGAGAAUUGCCGCGACAGCUGCGGAAAGUGCUCGUUGGCACGCGAUUCGCAGUGCUUCAAGAACGGAAAGGUGAGUAGUCCGGGACGGCCGAGCGUUUUCUAGGCCAUGCAUACUUUCAGAUCAUCCCGAUGCCCGUCGACCAGCACCUGCGCGAAUCAAUCUCCGAAUCGCUGCUCUCCGAGGUGACGAACCGCAUCAAGAAGGUGAAAUCGUUGAAACAAGAGCUGGACGCCACGAAAAAAGUGCCACGUCACGGAUAAAUGUUACUAGCAGAGACCGCCCGUAGUCCUUCGCCUAUUUGUACACUGCCCCUCUCCUAUAUACUUGUAAAAACGGUCCCCCCUGAUGCUGCUGAACCCAACCGCCCACCCGAUUUUGACACAGAUCUCGCCACGUGUAGUUUUGUAUUUUAUUAGAAAGAGAGAAGACAAACAAUAAAUAUCAUUAUUUUGGAUCGAUUUUUUGUGUUGCCUGCUUCCCAAGGCGUUACAAAAAACAAAACAAAAAAUGAGUCAUCGUCGCUCGCCCCGCCCACUUUAAUAUUAAUAUUGUUUCACAGGCGCACGUUUUUGUAUAAAAAUGAAUCAUCGAAGGGAAAGGAGGCGGCGAGCGAGAAGCAAGCGACCACAUUUCUUCAUUCUGUACAGAGUCAAGGUGAAUUUUCAGUGAAAUAUGAAACUUUUGCAUUUCUGAACUUUUCCCUGAAUUUCGAACACUUUUUGCGGCCCUUUUUUUGCAGAAAUCAAAGGAAAAAUGGCAAUUCCGCUCGAAGACAUUCAGGACGUUUUCGCCUUUCUCGACAGCCACGGAGACGGCAAAAUCGCCACCACACAGGUAAACAAGCAUUUAAAAAGUUCAUUUAUAUAUCACCGCGCGCCACGGUCUCCAGAGCUGACAAUGGGCGCACUCUGCCAAUUCGAUAUUAAUCUAAUUAGAAAGUUACUGAUCUAAACGCGACCUAAUUAGAUUCGACGGUUUUUCUUGGCGCAAUCGAGAUUUGAGCCAGCAGACGUUUGGCGUGAAACUUGAUUUGAGCGAAUAUCAUCAUAUUCUCGAAGCGUUCUCCUGUUGUAUUGUCGAAAUUGUGCAAAAGACCUAUGUCGUAAGCAAAUGCGCUCCGCUGCACUUUCGACUUUUCAUUUUCGUCUCCAAAUUCAGAGCUGACAAUGGACGCGCAAGUGCGCCCCGCCCAAUAGAGCGAUACAUUGACGCGAAAUUAAAAUUUUAACUGCAAAAUUUGUGUUUUUUGCCAGAUUAGCCACGAAAAACCGAUAAUUUCUCAUUUGUCUCUCUCGAUAGACCGAUUAUAUAGGCCAUUACGAAUUUUUUAAGCGCAAGAGCGUUAAAUUUGGUCAAGUCACAAAUCACAUUAAUCCGUUUGAAGGUUUUUGGCUAUAACUGCGUGAAUUUCAGUUGCUUUUCGGUAGCUUUCGCGGUUCGAACGCUCAAAAUGCUUGUCUUUACGUGAUUUAUCAUUCUCAAAACCAUUUCUGUCUGAAAACGGUCAAGAAAGCGCAAAAUGAGAAGUGCGCUUUUUAGGCGGCGAUCGGCAGCGAAGGCGAAAAAGCAAAGUCCGCGAAAAAUGCGCCAAAACGUCAUUAAUUCUGAGAAUUAGUGUGUUUUCAUGUCGAACAAUCAUUUUUCAUCGCAUUUGGCCACAAAAAUCAGAGAAAACCUGCUCAAUUCAUGAAAACGCCAUUUGGCCGAGGCCACGCCCAUAUUGUUAUUACAGCUCUGGAGACCGUGCACCGCCCCCGCCUGGCCUGUUUUUCAUAGCUUUAUAAUGCAAUUUCAGAUACCGGCGGCUCUGAGAGCGAUGAUGCUCAACCCGACUGAGGCGCUUUUGAAGGAGGUCGUUGCCGAAGCGGCUCCUGGAGCCCGGGUGACCGUCGACGAGUUCGUGCCGAUCUACAAGAAGGUGGAGGCCGCGUGCGGAAGAUCGACCACUCUCCGCGAGUUUCAGGCAAGUUGCCAGCUAUUUAUGCGCCUUUAAACUCAUUUCUCUGUUUUCAGGCGCUUCUCUCGCACUUUGACCGCGAUGGAAACGGACUGAUCAUGCUCAUGGAGCUCAAGAACCUUCUGCAGAACAGCGGAGAGCGGCUGUCGAAUCAGGAGGUCGAGAAUCUGCUGUUCGGGAUCGAACUCGUCGAGGGAAAGGUCAACAUCAACGAUUUUCUCAACAAUCAUCUGCAGAUGGCCGAGCCAGAGGUUGAGAAGUAA